GUACCUGUUAGAUUAAACCCGUCUGUUCUCAGCAGGAAUUUGUACCAAUGAGUGAUACGAAGGCUCUGUUCUCCGCCUCGCUCAUCUCGCAGGAAGUCAGCCGCUCCCUGCCUGAUGGUUUCGCCAUCCGCCCGCUGGAGAGGGGAGACUAUGGCAAAGGUCUCUUCGACUGCCUCCAGGUUCUCACGUGGACCGGUGACGUCAAAGAGGCUGAAUUCGUCCAGACAUACAACGAGAUGAUUGACGCGCAAGGAACAUAUUACUUUGCCGUUAUCGAGCACGAGAACCGCAUCGUCGGAACGGGAGCUCUAAUCGUGGAAAAGAAACUCAUACAUAACCGCGGCAAGUGCGGGCAUAUCGAAGAGAUCGCUGUAGCGGAGGAACACCGGGGUAAAGGGCUUGGCUUGACGAUGAUCCGAGCCCUCGACUCCGUGGCCAUGAACGUCGGCUGCUACAAGAACAUCCUCAACUGCGGGCCCCGCAACGAACCGUUCUAUGUCAAAUGCGGGUACCACCAUUCCGGCAUGGAGAUGUCGCGCUACUUUGAAGAGGAGCAGAACGCGUAUCGGCGUGGAUGAGGGGUCUCGGAGCUGGAGAGGGAAGUCGGGGCGAACGGCAGAGAGGGCUGUCAAUAGUUGCCUAGGUACGUAGAAG